UAGCAUUGUUAUGGAUUGAUUUUUUUGAGAUUUUUUUUCCAAGGUUCAAGUUCCCACUCAAUAUAAUACCCCAGUAGCUCAGCAGCACCAACCAAGCCAAGGUCAACAAGGCCCAAUCAAUUGUUGCCAAACAUUGACGGCCUCGUCAUUCUUUCGCGAACGAAUGCCUUCAACCUAUUCAAUUCUUUUUUCUUCACCUUCACCAUUAUCACCUCUCACCACCACAACAUCUCUAUUUGCAAACUAGACUCACUCUACAACCCCAACAACCUGCUCACGAUGAGCACUUGUUUUCCAUUUCAAUCAACAUAUCGUUAAUUUCGAUUUCUCAAUCGUCGCUACGGUACCCGAUUGCAUCCCUGAUUCGAUUACAUUCCUUUAAGUCAUUGCAGUGCAAAAAUUCUGCAUCAUGUUCUCGGCUUCGAUCAUCCACGACGCCGAGAAUGCAUCCCCUGCUAUCGCCACAACUCGUAGCCGACGACGCCAACGUCCAUUAAGUUCAGAAAACUUGCCACAACAACCUAAGGCGAAGCGACAGAGGGUUCCAUUAAAUGAUCAAACAUUCGCGAAUUCUGCUGUUAUUCAGGAAACAUACGAGGUUAAGUCUGCGAGGCCUCCGAUUAUUGAACAGAAACAAGAUGGAAUUGAGGAGUCUGCUCUUUCGAAACAGGAGCUUAGUUUGAGGUCCAAGAAAGGUCGUACUGGUGAGCGCGUUGGAAAAGGGGAUGGUAGCAUACUUCUCUCAACCAAUAUCGCGUUCGAAGUCAGAAAACUUCCAGCUCUCCCUGAUCGACUGAAGCUGGAUGCUACGAGUCGCCAGCAUGGCUCCAUCGACAGUAAUACAGGCUAUGCCUUAAGCUUGUCCCAUACUCAUGCUAUCCUGUGGCCAUAUGCGACCCCUACCACAUCCCCCGAGUCAUUCACCUUCGCCUUACCCUACCCAUCGGCACAUUCGACCGAUCCCCUACCGCUAGGCGCUCUCGUUCCUCCAUCCGCUUCUUCCUCCGAGCCAGGCUUAGUGGUAGUCAUGCCUACUAGCGGAAAAGUUACCUAUUGGGAAUCAAUAUCGAGCGCGACGACGCUAGACUUCAUGCGACAACAGCGAAAUGGUAUUGAGGAUACCAUUCCGGGCAUGUUCUCUGGAGAGUCUGCCAUUCAAGUUAUCCAUGCCGAAUCAGCGGCGGGUUUUAUUAUCGCUUUCAGUAGUGGACGUAUGGCCUACUUGAGUGUUCGAGACGCUCAUGGCCGCCCCAAGAUCUCGACACAGUACCUGCGAACCAACCUUGGACCCGCUAACAGCGGUUUCUUUGGCAGUAUUCGACAUGCGCUGUCACAUUCUGCCUCACAAGGAGACAUCGCAGCAGUACGCUCGGAACGAUCUUCUAAACAGGGCGAAUGCACUGUCGUUGCUGUAACCUCUAAGGGUCGGCUACACUCUUGGAGAGUACAUCGUGGAGGUCACCAUGACAUCUUAGUUGAAGUAGAUGCUCGUAAUACUCUCCUCGGAGCUAUUCAACGAGCAAACAACGCAAACGCUAGGAUGCCUGCUGAGUCGCUCAAGAUACUCGACUUUUGUUUCGUGUCCAGAGGCCUGGAUCGAAAGUACACCGAAAUGACCCAAUUAUUUCCAUCUCCAGAGUCCGAGGAUCAGCAACAUCUGCUACUUCUUGCCGCAUUAUCUAGCAAGCAAACGUGGUGCUACACCAUCGUGGAGGUUAUUUUGUCUACUGCCAAUUCAUCGGAGAACCCGAUCGAGAUUGGCAUGGUUCGACCAAUAUCCGCCUAUCAUACGGCACCAGAGCCACAAGCUCCCGCGAAACCACGAUUGUAUCUCCCAAGGCCCAACAUCAUCGCGUUCCUCGUUUUCGACCAUGCUGCCGUGGUAGCUUCGAUAGCCCAACCCCCCGACUCGCCCGAAUCUCAGAUCCUCGAGGACAACCAUCUACUACCCGCCUUGUUCGAAGACGUUGUUGACUUACGAACAGACCCUACACUCGAGAUUGUUGGUUCGGGCAUUGAAGAGCCCAAGGCUCUGGGCUUUGAAGUCGGCGAAGGCAGAUCGGCUCGUAUUCGGCCUAAGAAUCCGGCCGCUUUGAUGCUAGUUAGAGGUGCAGGUACUUUGCGCGUUGCCACAUCAGAUGUUGAGCGUUUCGCAAGUGAGAAACCUCCAGAGGUUACAGCUAAGACGAAACUCCAGCAAGCUGUGUUCUUUGGCGUUAAAGAGGAUAACCCCCUUGUUUUCGAUGUUCAGCAUGGUCUGCGUUUUACCGACGCAGAAUAUGGUGCAGCUGCGUUGGAAUUGAGUCAGGAGAUUCUCACCUCCGCCGGCAAGCAAUUCUCGUCUCUCGCCGUUAGGGUUGACACCAACAUUAAAGAACGUGUGCAAUAUCUGGAGAAAAUCAUGACGCAAAUGAAGAGUUUGAAUGUCAACCUGGAUCGUUCUACAAAGUGGAAGCUACUUUGGAAUGCGGAGAAACUACAUGUGGCUAAUGUUAUUUGGCACAAGCACGAAGACUUCACGCAUUUGAGGCCAGCAGCUUCCAAGAAGAGCAUUGUUGCUGAAAUUGUUGAAUACAUCCGAUCCGAGGAGAAGUCGGAACCCAACGCUGCGAAAGGAGAGGUUGAUGAAUUGCGCCACUGGUUCAUUCGUGAUGUCGAUCGUAUGGAAAUAUUCAUCGCCUGGGCCUACGAGGUCAUCAAACACAACUCUCGGGCCAACAUAGACCAGGGGUCUUUAACCCGCUUGAUCUACGAGGCAGCUGAAAUCUACAACAGCGCAAUACGAGACGCGUUCGAAUUCCGCUCGAGGAACUUGGAGCUCUAUGGUUUAGCUGGUGAACUGCUGGAACAUGGAGUUUUAUUUAGUGACUAUACUGGUCUCUCAACGCCUUGGACUUGCCAUCCCUUCAUCGCCAACAACGUGAAGAGACAGGUGGAACUUUCCACAGAAUGGGUCAAGCAGCAUUGGUCAGCAGAUGCUGAAGUGCCCAAUGUAUUGGUCCUCAAGACUCGUGAACUACUACCACAGAUGACGGAAGUGUAUCUCACUGUCGUCCAAGAGCUAUCUCGGUCAUACCUCGCAAGCGAUGACCCAAAGAAAGUUCUUGAUGGACAGAAGUAUGAGAGCAUUUACGAGAAAGAUCGUUAUGAAAAGGUUGUUCUCCUCGCUCAGACAGAGAACUGGGAGGCUGCAAUCAGGAUUGCCGAGAAUCAUGAGUCACUCCCUGCCCUUGCGGAGAUCUUGACCCGCGAAAUCGAUGGGCUUCGGACCCGGCUUGAUACCGCCGGCCUUUCCCCGGAUCAAAUUGAGAAGGUAGAAACAAAGAUGACGGCAAAGGAACAACAAGUACGGGAGUAUUUCGUAACAUAUGGCAAGGCUUUUGCCUUCCCUUUUUACGAGUACCUUUUCGCCACUUUCGGAGUCGACGCCCUUCUCGAGUACGAUGGCGAUCGAAAAUAUAAGACAAUGUAUCUCCGUACAAAGCCCGAACUCGCUAAAGUUUCUUGGAUCAACGACGUCAUUAGUGAGGAAGACAUUGAUCAUGCUGCGGACACACUUCUGAGCCUUGGCUUAUCGCGUGAGCAGCAGGUCUGGAACAAGAAGAUCGAGCUUAGCUUAGGUAAGCUGGCUAGGAUGGCCGAGUCCUCUCGACCUUCUAGCAAGGCUUCUAUGAGCAUCCAGGGCGCCAACGCGAACGGGGCUGCAGAGGACGCACAAAUAGAGGCUAUUGAUAAGGAACUUGCGAUCAUUAGUGUUCAGGAUGAUCUCUACGAUACUCAAAUUCGACCCGUCAUUAGUGUGGCGCUUGAGGGAGAGGAGCUCAGUCUCGUACAAGAAACCUUUGCACUUAAGAUCCCCAAGAAGUAUAAGAUUCUUACACAAAUAUUCGAAGACGCCUUACGACGACUCUUGAAUCAUGAAGCUCUGGACCCACUCACCUUAAUCGAUCUUCUGACUUUAAUUACCCUUCCGCCAGAAACAAGGGAGCACAUGCCCGACCAGUUCUUCGCAGCUAUUCGAGUCGCCUACAACGGCCUCAAGGGCGCUGAACGUGUACAAGCUGAGCGACUCAUAUGGCGAAGGUGUUUCCUGAGGGAAGACUGGGCACAGCUUAACAACACUUCCCUCAAGAAUGAUAAUGAUAUUGUCGAAGUCCUGGGUCAGACAGACCUCUUCCAGUUCUACUGCACACUAUAUGCGAAUCAACAAACCGGUGGCGACAAGAACGAACAUCGCCGAUUAUCGCCAUCAGAAGUCGCCGGGGUCUACACAGAGACCCUGGAUCGACGAUUCGAGAACAUGGAGAAGAGUUACCGCGAGAAGGUACUUGAGGUGAUGCAAUGGGAAGAUAACAACCUCCUGAAGCACAUCGAAAAACAUCGAUUGGAGCAAUGGGCCAAGGAGACACGAAAGUAUGCUGAAGAAGCGGUAGACCAACAAUAUGAUGCGACUACCGCCGCAGCGGUGAGCUCACCUACACCUAAGUCAGGGCCCGCAAGAAAGCAAAUAAAGGCAUCGGAGGAUACGAACGGACAAAACGGUACACAUUGAGAGCUUUGGUAUUGAAAAGCACAUGGAGUCCUCGCGAGGACAAUAAUGCACUGGAGUAUUUCGGAGUUGGGCAUGAGAAAUUCACUGUUUUCAUUUCGUUGUACCAUAACUGCAUAAUGCGUUGCGUGCCUACUGCUUUAUAUAAUGGCCGUUAGGCAAUAGGGGGGCAGGAAAGGAAAAGUUGACGAGAAACAAAGGUGGGGUUUUUUCUGAUGGAAAGCAUCUUCCUGGUAGCACACACACACACACACACACAGAAUUAUGAUGCCGAGAUUUUUCAUAUUAGCGGAGAUGGAGAUAGCUUCGCUUACCUAGUUAGGGGGUGGCUUUUGCUCAAGACAAGACAACGACGCUUUUCUUUUCUUCGUUAGUUUUACUAAGGCUGACUUUGCGGUUUUCUUGUGCGUGUUCUGAACUUUGAAAGGGAUAUAUCGACGUAGUUUUCGGCUUGAACUUGUAAAGCCCCGAGUUCGGUUUCUUGACUGGGUGCUCAUUCAUGGAAUGGCUCACGUACUAGUAGUAGUAUUGUGUGAAAGUUUACUAGCUAGUCUACUAGAGAUAAUUCAUAAGAC